AUGAAUUUAAUUAGUGGUAUAAGUAGUUUAUUAGCUAUAGGUAUAUUAUCACCAGUACAAAGUAUAUUAUUUUUAAUAUUAUUAUUUGUGAGUACAGCUAUAUGUUUAUAUAAUCAAGGUUUUAUAUUAAUGGGUAUAUUAUAUAUAUUAAUAUAUGUAGGAGCAAUAGCUAUAUUAUUUUUAUUUAUAUUAUCAUUAUUAAAAAUAGAUUAUACUGCACAAGGUACAGUAUCACCAUUAAUAAUAACAUUAUUAACUAUAAGUUUAAUACCUUUAGAUAUAACAUAUGAAACAUAUGGAAUAAUAACAGAAGUAAAUAAUGUAUAUAAUGAAUUAAUUACAGUAGGUAAUAUAUUAUAUACUGAAUAUGCUAUAUUAUUAGGUGUAACAGGUGUUGUAUUAAUAUUAUCAGUUGUAGGGGCUAUAUCAAUAACUAAAAACUAA